GGUUUGAUUGGCUUGGGGAAGGCGGACGAAGGAAGGCGGAUGUGAGCCAGCCGAGCUCGUGAGGAUUUGCCAGCUGGCCGAGUGUCGUCAACACCACAACCGCCGCGUUCGUCCACGACUCCAGUACGAAUGUAUGGAGGCUCCGCUCGCUUAUUUGUCGAUUCGAGCCCGUCGCGAUGGAAUUGAAACCGCGGAGGCAGCUCACGUCGACUCGACGAAGCGGGAUGUAAACAAAACAGCGCGGCGGCAAUGGCGAGAGGAACAAAAGAGACUUGUCUUCAACUAACCAGCAGUUAAACCGGUUAACAUUAGCCGACUUAACUGGGAUUUCAUUACAGGGGAGGACCCAGUUGCAUCCUCGUCUAACGAAAGCCGAACUAAAGUGAAUGCCUGUUGGCCAUGGCGGCUGUGGUUAGUUACACGCCACCGUGGUGGGUCAACCUGCUGCACCGACUUCCACAUUUCAACUUCAGGUUCGACCGAACGAGCGGCGACUUCCAGCCAGAGGACUGGACCUAUCAACAGUCCAUCCUGUUACUCGGAGGUGUGGCGCUGGCCUGUCUGGCUCUGGACCUGCUGUUCCUGCUCUUCUACUCCAUUUGGUUGUGCUGCCGGCGCAACAAAAACCAGGACCAACCCUCGGCCGACUGCUGCUGCACCGCCUGGUGUGUCAUCAUCGCAACGCUCGUGUGCAGCGCUGGCAUUGCUGUAGGUUUCUAUGGGAACGGCGAGACUUGCGACGGAGUGAAUCGGCUGACUUAUUCCCUGCGCCAUGCAAAUCGCACAAUCAGUGGUGUGCAGAAGCUGGUUUCCGAUGGAACGUCUUCGCUGAACCGGACGGUAGAUGACAACCUGCAGCAGCUUGAGGGCCAGUACGCCCAGCACGCGGACUACCUGUCCAUCAUCCAAAAGCUGCAGGGCGAGCUGGACGAGCUGGUCAAACAGAUGGCGGAGAUCCCCUUCUGGGACAACAGCAAGAUCUCCCUGGAGGAGCUGGCUGUCCGAAUCGAGCUGUAUGACUGGUACAGGUGGCUGGGCUAUCUCGGUCUGCUGCUUUUCGAUGUCCUCAUUUGUCUGCUGGUGCUGUUUGGCCUCAUUCGCAAGUCCAAGGGGACGCUGAUCGGGGUAUGCUUGUUUGGUGUCGUGGCUCUGGUGGUCAGUUGGGCCUUGCUUGGGCUGGAGUUUGCUGUCUCUGUGACCUCCAGCGACUUCUGCGUGGCUCCUGACACGUACGUCACCCAAGUGGCUGACCAGUAUGGAGUCAUUAAUCAAGAAAUCCUCAAGUACUACCUUAGUUGCAGUUUGGAGCAAACCAACCCCUUCCAGCAGAAGCUGUCUGGGAGCCACAAAGCACUUGUUGAGAUGCAGGGCGAUGUGCUGGAGCUUCUGCGCUCGUCCACCGGGGAAUACAAACAAACUCAGGGAAGCUUGGAGCAGAUCCAGGGGAUACUGAACACCACAGAGAUCAGCCUUCAUCAGCUCACAGCCUUGGUGGACUGCCGCAGCCUGCACAUGGACUACGUGCAGGCCGUGACGGGGGUGUGCUACGACGGGCUGGAGGGCCUCAUCUACCUGGUGUUCUUCUCCUUCGUGACGGCCCUUAUGUUCAGCUCCAUUGUUUGCAGCGUGCCUCACACCUGGCACAACAAGCGGGCGGAGGAGGACAGCGAUGACGGCUCGCUGGGUCGCAGCGGGAGGCAGAACCAUGACAACCUGUACCGCGUCCACAUGCCCAGCUUGUACAGCUGUGGCAGCAGCUACGGCAGCGAGACGUCCAUCCCUGCCGCCGCGCACACCGUCAGCAACGCGCCAGUCACCGAGUACAUGGCUCAGAACGCCAACUUCCCAAACUCCCGCUGCGAAAACACACCCCUGAUCGGCCGAGAGUCUCCUCCGCCCUCGUUGUAUUUGACUCCCGCCCACACUAACAGCGGCCACAGCUGGCAGCUAAAGCCUUCGGACAGCUCCAGAUCGUUUUGGUAACCUCGCCUGCCAUGCUAACAGUACACCUCCAGCAUGCGGGCAAAGUACCUUGCUAACAGCCAACCAGAGUCCAACACCCCCGCAUCAAACUAGCCGGAACCGGACACCCCCAAAUGGCCGGCACAUCUUUAAAAAAAAAAAAACACUCCGCCUGUGUUUUAGUUGCUUUCAGUCAUCGUCUCAUGGAAAGCUCUUUGGAUCACUCUCACUUAGCGCUCACCUGUUAAUCCCGAUUCUUUCAGUCAAAUAAGGAGACAUCUUACUGGAAUUGAUGAGGCCUGGACUCAGGUACACAAACCCACGUUGAGACUGGAGACAUGACGGAAGGAGUAUUUUUUUUUUUUUUUCUUUCUUACCUGAAGUGAAGACCUUUUACAGGGCACCGCGUCAGUCUUACAUUUGACCCCAGGCGACGUUGACUCUACAUUAUACAAUGUCUUUGAUACUUUUGUCUUAACUCUGGUGUUUGGGACCAGUCAUCCUGCACAACUGCAUGUCUUACGAGCUUACAACGGAGCAUUUUCUGUUGUUGUUGGAAAUAGUCCGACGGCAGCCGUGAGCUACAAAGCUGUGAAUUUGGAGGAUUCGAUUAGCUGGUGACACGGCAUCUGACAAAGAAGCCGUCACAGGAAGCUAGAUGGAGAAUCAACGGAGUGAGCGAACCAUUAAAACUUGAGACGUUUACGUACUACUGGAAAACUCUUCUCAAGGACCUGCCUGCUCACCACAAAACACAACUGUGACUUUUCCUGAAUCUGCCCAGCAACAGCUACGCCACCUAUCACAAUGCAGCCGUUUACAGUUGAUGUGAAAUCUGCAUUUUGUCGUCGUUUUGCUUUUUGUAGAGUUUAAAACGUUUUUGCAUUGGCAAUGCAGCAUCUCACAAAUGUGUUUUAGCAUUUCUAACAAAUAGGUGAAGGCAAUGAGUUUACACCAGUUGUGCGUCGGAUUUUGUUUGCGGGAGAACUUCUGGCGGUGCCAAUUGAACUUUUUGUCUUAAAUGAGCCUGAUUUUUAAUUUUUUUUCCCCCUCAAUCAUGCUUUAUGCUCUGUACACUCAUCUGUUUUAGGUUGGCCGUCAUAUUCUUGCUGUUAUUGUUGGAUGUUGAAGAUUUAUUGUAACAGGGAAAAACAUACUUUGAAAAAUUCCUUACUUUUACAUUUUUGGUUUGAUUUCCUUUUAAUUUUUAGAAUCUUAAAGCAAGCACACAGUGAUGCGUCAUGUGAAUAUGGUAGCCAGUUUCAUUUUUAAUCAGGUUUAUCCUCGUAGGUUAUUUUAUAUAUAUAUAUAUAUAUAUAAAAAAAAUCUUCAACAUGUACAUGGGAGCAAAAACAAAACAAAAAACAACUGUGGCUAUAUUAAGUUUGACUGCUGUGUUUCAAAAAAUUAAAAGAUGUUUAACUCUGAA